CUUGGUUUUAAACAUGUGAAGUGGAGAGUAACAGCAUUGUACGAAAAACAGCGGAUACAACCUGGACUUAUAAACAUUUCCUGUGAUACGUUUUAUGAGGAUGCACAUGAAGUCGCUCUCAAAAACGCCUUUUCGAUUUUCUGUGAUCUCCUUUCAAAUGGGAUGAAGUUUAACUCCGCCCACCGGAGAGGUACAUGUAUUGCUGACACCACCUUAUAGGACUAUGGGGGAUUAUUUCGCUUUGGUAAUUGUCGAUAUUUGCCUCCUUUGGCUGAUCACAACAGAUUCCUACGCAGUGGGAACAUUUACAACGUCCGCCAUUUUGGAGAACGUUACCAGCAAAGCAAUGGAUAUACAGACUACAGACGAUAUUUUUCAAAAUAUCAGGACUACAACAGACUCAUAUUUUUACACAAAAAGUCAAACUGACACUGUGACCACAGCUCACGUGAAACAAUACUCAUCAAAUACGGCUCAGGACUUAGAAAAUGGGUCUACAAUAAGCGGUGCGCUAUCAGAAAGAGACCAAACCACAAUGGCAGCCAUUUUGGCAACUCCAGAAGAUAUAUCACAGAGUACAACGGAUGGCUCCGAUUUUGACGAGAUAUCCAAAAAUAGUUUGAAUUCAACAAAUAAUUUGUUUGAUGGACACUCAACAGGGUCCAUUAAAAGUCAGAAUACAAGAGAAACAGGCGGCAUACAACCCGGCAAUACGACAAAACAAAAAAGAGCAAAAAGUCCACAGAAAGAUAUAUGGAAUAAAAUAAUCAUAGGGAAAGUGAGGCUGAGUACGCUAGUUGCCAUUAUGUCUGCUUGCAUGAUGACCCUUAUCAUUGUGUCCUGCUUGUCAUGCAAACUGUACAAGAGAAUCAAGAAAAACCGAGAUUUAUACCAGCAAAAGAUGUACAUGAAUAUGUUGUUUGAGGACCUCUUUCAGCGGCAGAAGCACGCAGAACUGCACGGAGAUAGCAGCCAUGUAUACAGCCUUGACCUCUGCAUGCACGGGGCGGGAAAGUCCACCCAAAACACGUGGCCGCGCACGAAUAGAUCCACGGGAAGCUUUUUAUCGCUGGAUAGGAUCAUAUACGUAUGAAAAAGACAAUGGUGUAGUAGGAAUACCAGUGUCUUCUAUAGUUUCUUUGAUGACAGAUUUUAUUAUGUUCAAGUUUAAAUGGUAAUGUGCUAACAGUGCUUUACGGAGAAACAGCAAUUAAAAUAUGUGCCAAAAUGACAGACAAGCGACUAUUCACAGCAGUUUCGUUCAAAUUACUGUAUAUUAGGACCUCAAAUGUUCUUUUGUCACAAACCACUGUUAAAUUUAACUCACAGAUACAUGUAGGUGUCGAUUUGUAAAUGUCGUCAAUGUGCGAGAGCUUUUUUUAACGUCACAGAAAUUUUGUUGAGUGGUAGAGAUGUGCAGGAAAAAGACCCAUACAUCCAGUAUGUCUUAUCUCACUUCCCACUGUCCCAUUCAACACAACCCAGGGGUAGUCAGGUCAACUUGGUGAGUAAGGAGAAAGACAGGAAAACAGAAUUAAACAACAUCAGGGACGUCCUAAACCAAUGUGGCAACCCCAAAUGGACAAUAAAAGAAACACAAGAGCAGAGAAAUAUUCAGGAGCAUACAUGUAACAUGAAGAUGUUCUGUCGUAUGCAAAAAAAAAAUGUCACAAUUAAAAGAUACGUUCUAACAUGCGUGUUCAGCGAUCGCCUAAGUGAUUCAGGUUCGACACUAGGGGGGCAGCAGUAUCAGUUCUCUACCGUACCUGGCGACACGAACGACACACAGUGGCAGUAGUGUAGACUGAAAAAAUAUGUUACGUUGACAUCGAUCUGUGACCUCUAUAAAAUAUUUGCUGCACUCAAAAGGUGUUUUAGGCGUUAUAAUUCCCAACUGAUGAACUUGUGACUGUGCCUCUUAGACGUUAUCAAGAAAUGUAAUCAUGCAAAUGCGUGACUGGAUCAAUAAUAAUCUCAGGCAUUUAUCAUAGCAUGAUGAACUCUUCAGUAUUUCAUAUCAACGUCUCUGUUUCGACUCAACAUUUUAUUUUGUAUUGUAUGGUAAAUGCAUAUCAUAUUGCAUUGCACUGUGAUUAAUUC